AUGCCGCCAAAACGCGCUGCACCACCGCCUCCUCCACCUGCAGCCAGUAAAGGAGCGGCGAGGCCACCUCCUCCGCCUCCACCUCCUGUUCAAGCGAUUAUCGAUGAAGAACGUGCUGCCAAAUUGGAUGAAAAGCAACGCAAAUGGCUUCGCCUACAAAAGCAAAAGUUCAACAAGCAGCGCAAGCUCGGCUUCAUCGAGACACAAAAGGCUGAUUUACCGCCGGAACACUUGCGACAGAUUAUGCGCAUGCACGGUGAUAUGAGUAGCAAAAAGUUCAGGGCCGACAAACGAUCCUACCUUGGCGCGUUGAAGUACAUGCCGCAUGCAGUACUCAAGCUACUCGAAAACAUGCCCAUGCCAUGGGAAGAUGUGCGCGAAGUGCCGGUGCUCUAUCAUAUUACCGGCGCCAUCACGUUCGUCAAUGAGGUGCCGCGUGUCAUCGAGCCCCUCUAUAUUGCCCAAUGGGCAACCAUGUGGGUCAUGAUGCGACGAGAAAAGCGGGAUCGAAGACAUAUGAGGCGUAUCCGACUACCACCUUUCGAUGACGAGGAAGCACCACUGCUUGAGCAGGUCCCGGAAAUGGCAGAGCUCGAGCCGCCUGAACCUAUCCAAAUGGAAUUUGACCCAGAGGAAGAUGCUGCUGUUGCAGAAUGGUUCUACGACCAUAAAGCCCUUGCUGACACGCCCAACACCAAUGGCCCAAGCUAUAAAACCUGGAACCUCAACCUCGACCAGAUGGCUGCUCUCUAUCGCUACUCGCACCAGCUCUUGUCCGAUUUGACUGACAAAAAUUACUUUUACUUGUUUGAUAAGAAGUCAUUCUUUACAGCGAAAGCACUCAACAUGUCGAUACCGGGUGGGCCUAAGUUCGAGCCUCUCUACAAGGACACGGCAGAGUCGAGAGACGAAGAUUGGAAUGAGUUCAAUGACGUCUUUAAAAUCAUCUUUCGACAUCCCCUGCGGACAGAGUACAAGGUGGCCUUUCCCUUCAUGUACAAUUCCUUGCCUCGGUCCGUCCACGUCAGCUGGUACCACGAGCCAAGCAGCAUGUACAUCAAGGCUGAGGAUCCCGAGCUUCCAGCAUUCUACUACGACCCUGUCAUCAACCCCAUCAGGCGACUUAAACCUGCCAACGAACUUUCGCCCCAUGAACUCGACAUCUUCAAUGAGGAUGGCGAGGAUGAUUUCAAGCUGCCAAAGACAGUCAAGCCAUUCUUGAAUGCUUGUCCCUUGCACAACGAGAUGACUGCCUCAGCUAUUGCGCUUUGGUGGGCUCCUUAUCCUUUCAAUCAGCGCAGUGGCAAGACGGUGCGUGCGCAAGAUGUUGCGCUCGUCAAGCAAUGGUAUCUUGAGCAUUGUCCACCAGGUCAGCCUAUCAAAGUGCGCGUCUCCUACCAAAAACUUUUGAAGAAUUACGUGAUUAAUUCUCUUCAUGAGAGAAAGCCAAAGGCACAUCUGAACAAAUCACUCUACAAGCAGCUGAAAGCUACAAAGUACUUUCAGAGCACAACGAUUGAUUGGGUUGAAGCUGGGCUGCAGCUCAUUCGUCAAGGCUACAAUAUGCUCAAUCUCUUGAUUCAUCGCAAGGGUCUCACGUAUCUGCACUUGGACUACAAUAUGAACUUGAAGCCCGUCAAGACACUGACAACGAAAGAGCGGAAAAAGUCACGAUUUGGAAGUGCCUUCCACCUCAUUCGUGAAAUCUUGCGUCUGACAAAGCUUCUUGUUGAUUCACAAGUACAGUAUCGCCUCGGCAAUAUCGACUCAUUCCAACUUGCAGAUGGUAUUCACUACAUCUUCAACCACGUUGGGCAACUGACCGGUAUGUACCGCUACAAGUACAAACUCAUGCGUCAGAUCCGUGCGUGCAAGGAUCUCAAGCAUUUGAUUUACUAUCGUUUCAAUACUGGACCUGUCGGCAAAGGCCCUGGCUGCGGUUUCUGGGGACCUGCAUGGCGUGUUUGGCUCUUUUUCCUACGUGGUAUCACACCACUCCUUGAGCGCUGGCUCUCCAAUUUGCUCGCGCGUCAAUUUGAAGGACGGCACGGAAAAGGGGUGGCCAAAACCGUCACAAAGCAACGUGUUGAGUCCAAUUAUGAUUUGGAGCUUCGUGCAUCUAUCAUGAACGACAUCCUCGACAUGAUGCCGGAAGGUGUCAAGGCAAAUAAGACCAAAACUAUCUUGCAGCACUUGUCAGAGGCCUGGCGUUGCUGGAAAGCCGGUGUCGGCUGGCGAGUGCCUGGUCUCCCUAUCCAGGUCGAAUCCAUCAUCUUGCGAUAUGUCAAGGCCAAGGCCGAUUACUGGGUCUCGGUAGCUCACUACAAUCGAGAGCGUAUCCGAAGAGGUGCCACAGUGGACAAGACUGUUGCCAAAAAGAACUUGGGCCGAUUGACGCGCCUGUUUCUCAAGUCUGAGCAAGAGCGGCAAAAUAAUUACCUCAAGGAUGGACCGUAUGUGUCAGCAGAGGAAGCUGUGGCGAUCUACACAACAACGGUUCACUGGCUAGAGUCACGGCGCUUCCAGCCUAUCCCAUUCCCUCCGCUCAACUACAAGCACGACACAAAGCUGCUCAUCUUGGCCCUCGAGCGACUCAAGGAGUCGUACAGCGUGCAGGGUCGUCUCAAUCAGUCGCAGCGAGAAGAACUUGCCCUUAUUGAGCAGGCUUAUGAUAACCCGCAUGAGUGUCUCUCUCGGAUUAAGCGACUUUUGCUCACCCAGCGGUCAUUUAAGGAAGCGGGCAUCGAAUUCAUGGACAACUACAGCCAUCUCACGCCAGUCUACGAUAUUGAGCCCCUCGAGAAGAUUACCGAUGCCUACCUCGACCAGUACUUGUGGUAUGAGGCUGACAAGCGCCAUCUUUUCCCGUCAUGGAUCAAGCCAUCAGAUUCAGAGCCACCGCCCUUGCUUGCGUACAAGUGGUGCCAGGGAAUCAACAAUCUGAGUGACAUCUGGGACACAUCAGAUGGCAGUUCUGUGGUGAUGCUGGAAACGAGCUUCUCCAAGAUGUAUGAAAAGAUUGAUUUGACAUUGUUGAGCAGACUGACAGGGCUCAUCAUGGACGCCAAUUUGAGCGCAUACUGUACUGCCAAGAACAACAUUGUCCUGACUUACAAAGACAUGAGCCAUACCAAUUCGUACGGACUGAUUCGCGGAUUACAAUUCAGCUCGUUCAUUGUCCAGUACUACGGCUUGAUUCUCGACAUACUUAUGCUCGGUCUGCACCGCGCCACGGAGAUUGCUGGACCGCCAAACAUGCCGAAUGACUUCUUGCAGUUCAAGGAUCGCGCUACCGAGACACGACAUCCUAUUCGGCUGUACACGCGAUAUAUCGACAAGAUCCACGUUGUCUUCAAAUUUGGACCCGAGGAUUCGCGGGAUUUGAUUCAAAGAUAUCUGUCGGAGUCUCCAGACCCAAAUUUUGAGUCUGUCGUCGGCUAUCACAAUAAAUCCUGUUGGCCAAGAGAUUGUCGUAUGCGUCUGAUGAAGCGUGAUGUUCACUUGGGUCGAGCAGUCUUCUGGGACAUGAAGUCACGGCUGCCACGCUCGCUCACCACACUCGAGUGGGAUGAGUCUUUCGUUUCAGUCUACUCGCGAGACAACCCAAACCUGCUAUUCUCCAUGUGCGGCUUCGAGGUUCGAAUCUUGCCAAAGAUCCGCAACCAGAAUGAAGAAUUCAGCUUGAAAGAUGGCGUCUGGAGUCUUGUCAACGAUGAUACGAAAGAACGGACCGCGCAAGCUUUCCUCCGCGUCAGCGAGGCCGAUCAACAAAAAUUCAACAACCGCAUUCGCCAGAUUCUCAUGUCGUCUGGAUCAACGACAUUUACCAAGAUCGCCAACAAAUGGAACACCGCGCUCAUCUCUCUCCUCACUUACUAUCGAGAGGCAGUCAUCACAACACCUGAGCUGCUUGAUAUCCUGGUCAAAUGUGAGACCAAGAUUCAGACUCGAGUCAAGAUUGGUCUCAAUUCUAAGAUGCCAAUUCGAUUCCCUCCUGCUGUGUUUUACAGUCCAAAAGAGGUCGGUGGAUUAGGCAUGCUAUCGAUGGGUCAUAUCCUGAUUCCGCAGUCAGAUUUGCGAUGGUCAUCCCAGACAGAUGCUGGCGGCAUUACGCAUUUCCGUUCCGGCAUGUCUCAUGACAGUGAGCAGCACAUACCAGCUCUUUAUCGCUACAUUCAGCCUUGGGAGUCUGAGUUCAAGGACUCGCAGCGCGUUUGGGCCGAGUAUGCGCAGAGACGACAAGAAGCAAAUGCGCAAAAUAGACGUCUGACAUUGGAGGAUCUCGAAGAUUCAUGGGAUCGCGGUUUGCCACGAAUCAACACCCUAUUUCAAAAGGAUCGCCACACCUUGGCAUACGACAAGGGCUGGCGUGUACGCACGGACUUCAAACAAUAUCAGCUACUGCGCAACAAUCCGUUCUGGUGGACGAGCGCUCGGCAUGAUGGAAAGCUCUGGCAGCUCAACAAUUACCGUACAGACAUGAUUCAAGCACUGGGUGGUGUCGAAGGUAUUUUGGAACAUACAAUGUUCAAAGCGACCUACUUCCCAUCAUGGGAAGGUCUCUUUUGGGAGAAAGCGUCCGGCUUUGAAGACUCGAUGAAGUACAAGAAGCUCACCAAUGCGCAGCGGUCGGGUCUCAACCAAAUCCCCAAUCGUCGAUUCACCCUGUGGUGGUCGCCCACUAUCAAUCGUGCCAAUGUCUACGUCGGAUUCCAGGUUCAGCUCGACUUGACGGGUAUCAUGAUGCAUGGCAAGAUUCCAACACUCAAAAUUUCGCUGAUUCAGAUUUUUCGUUCUCACUUGUGGCAGAAGAUCCACGAAUCAGUCAUCAUUGACUUGUGUCAAGUAUUUGACCAGGAACUUGAAGCGCUGCAGAUUGAGCAAGUACAAAAAGAGGCGAUCCACCCGCGAAAGUCCUACAAGAUGAACAGUUCUUGUGCGGACAUUACACUCUUUGCAACACACAAGUGGAAUACAUCAAAGCCAUCGUUGAUCAGCGACAAUCGCGAAGUCCUCGACGGAACUGCCACCAAUAAAUUUUGGAUCGAUGUACAGCUUCGCUUCGGCGAUUACGACAGUCACGACAUCGAGCGUUACACUCGAGCCAAGUAUCUGGAUUACACGACUGACUCACAGAGUAUCUAUCCGUCUCCAAACGGUCUAAUGAUUGGCAUUGAUCUUGCCUAUAACUUGUGGUCGGGCUUUGGCCAAUUCUUCCCAGGUCUCAAGCCAUUGAUGCAGCAAGCAAUGGGAAAGAUCAUGAAGGCCAACCCUGCCCUUUAUGUCUUACGAGAGCGUGUCCGCAAGGGAUUGCAGCUCUAUUCUUCAGAACCGGCAGAGGCGUACCUCAACAGUCAGAAUUAUUCUGAGCUCUUCUCUAACUCGACAAUGUGGUUUGUGGAUGACACCAAUGUUUAUCGUGUAACGAUCCACAAGACCUUCGAGGGUAACUUGACUACGAAGCCCAUCAACGGAGCCAUCUUUAUCCUGAAUCCUCGGUCCGGGCAGCUCUUCCUCAAAAUCAUUCACACAAGCGUAUGGGCUGGACAGAAACGUUUGGGUCAGCUUGCCAAGUGGAAGACCGCCGAAGAAGUUGCGGCACUGAUUCGCUCGUUGCCAGUUGAGGAACAGCCCAAGCAGCUCAUUGUCACGCGCAAGGGUAUGUUGGAUCCUCUUGAAGUCCAUCUUCUUGACUUCCCGAAUGUCACGAUUAAGGGAUCAGAGCUGCAACUACCGUUCCAAGCUGCCCUCAAAAUUGAAAAGUUCGGAGACAUGAUUCUGAAGGCGACUGAGCCCCAGAUGGUCUUGUUCAACAUGUAUGACGACUGGCUUAAGUCUAUCAGUUCAUACACCGCCUUCUCUCGGCUUGUACUGUUGCUUCGUGGCUUGCAUGUCAAUUUGGACAAAACGAAGCUCAUUCUCCGACCAUCAAGGGAAAUUGUCACGCUUGAGCAUCACAUCUGGCCAAACCUGACAGAUGAUCAAUGGGUUGAUGUCGAGUUGCAAUUAAGUGAUCUUAUCCUAGCAGACUAUGGCAAAAAGAAUGGCGUCAACGUCGCAAGUCUAACGCAGACUGAAAUCAGGGACAUCAUUCUGGGAGCAGAAAUUUCAGCUCCUUCCGCUCAGCGACAGGAGGUCGCCAAGGUCGAGGCUGGUCGGGAAGCUGCUCAGCUCACCGCAACGACUCAUUCGACUACCAACAUUCACGGAGAUGAGAUCAUCACGACCACGACAUCUGCUUAUGAGCAAGCUCGAAUCCAGUCCAAAACAGAGUGGCGAACGCGUGCAAUUGCCACUACUAACUUGCAUCAGCGCACAAAAAACAUUUAUGUUGACUCUGAUGAUAUCAAGGAGGAUGCGCCUUUCACCUAUAUCUUGCCAAAGAAUCUGCUCAAGAAGUUCAUCACGAUCGCUGAUAUGCGCACUCAGAUUGCAGGCUAUCUGUACGGGGCGUCGCCACCUGACAACCCAGCUGUCAAAGAAAUUCAAUGUAUUGCUAUGGUACCUCAACGCGGUUCGAAUAUGACGGUCGAGCUGCCAAACAAGCUCCCUGACAAUGAGAUGCUUAUGAAGGGGCUGGAGCCACUUGGCUGGAUCCAUACACAGGACCGUGAAUUCAGACAUCUUACGUCCAAUGAUGCAACUGUUCAUGCGAAGCAGUUAGCAAUGCACAAGUCGUCGUGGGACCACAAGACCAUCAGCAUGACCGUCAGUUUUACGCCUGGCUCAGUGUCUGUUGGUGCAUAUCACCUGACUGAGCAGGGUCGUGAAUGGGGUGUCAAGAAUCAGGACAUGGGAGGCAGUGCAAUGGGCUAUGACGCGGCGUCCAUGGCAGAGAAGGCACAAGUGCUAUUGUCCGACCGCAUUAUUGGCUUCUUCCUCGUGCCUGAAGAAGAUCGCUGGAAUUACCAUUUCAACGGAGCAAGCUGGACGCCUGGCAUGUCCUACAAUGUCAAGCUCGACACGCCCCUUGGCUUCUUUGAUGCUGAGCAUCGUGUGAUUCACUUCCAGCAGCUGGAUGAGACGGCGCCACAAGACACUGAUCGUGAGGACUUGUUCGCAUGA